AUGGCCUCCACAGCAGCAGCAGCAACCACAAAUGGUCAUUCGGGGACGAUAAAUGGAAAGCUUCACACUAGCGAAACAAAUGGCCCUGAGAGUGAUCCAGACCUUGUCAUGAUGACCACCCUCAAGAAGGAGCUCGCCCAUACGAUCCUCCGCGUGGAACGCGUCGAUCCAAAGGAUUCCGCCAGCCUAGGCCCUGAUGACCACAAUGGCCGCCACGUGGCGGGCGGUCAGCACCAGGGCAUUAUCAUCAACAAGCAGCUCGGCUCAUCAGUAUCUGCUUUAAACUCGCGAGCCUUUGACCUUCGCCUCGCCUUCAAGGUCUACCUCAUCAACGCCAUCACCUCGAUUCACCAGCAGGAAAGCCGAGAGCUUCGCUUUUGGUUCUCGACUGAAGAUGAAGUUCUCGAGGAGUACGGCUACUCAGACCGGAUGCACUGUGCCCAGGCCUUUUUCCGAGCUCUGGUAGGCGGAGGCUCUGAUGGAUUUCCCAAGAGCUACGUCGCCUUCAUCAUGAAGCUGAUGAAGACGAUGCAGUCGGCGGAGUUUCGUCCUCUUCGUCAGCUGGAGCUGGAGGUGCGAGCCGUGGAUGAGCCCUUUGAGCGACCGCCCUCGUCAGCUGCAAACUCUCGACCUUGCUCUGUCGACGAGAACUCCAUUGCUCAACUAAUACCACUAACCGAGGAGAAGGUUCUGGAGAUGAUCGAGGCCGCCUACCCAAACCCGAUUUCUCUGGUGGACAUUGCAAAUUCAACCCGAUCCGCUCCCGAAGAAGUACACCACCUGCUUCUGAACCUAACUAGCAAAGGAGUCGCUCGUUUCACCGAUCCAAACUCAAUGGAUCAGGUGGUCCGCGUCACCAGCGACGAGACCAAGGUCAAACGAGUUCGACAAAUGCCCGAAGUGGUCCGUUCACAGGCGCCCACUGUGGCCAUUAUCACGGCGCAGUUCUGCGAAAAACUGGCCGUCGAUGCGAUGAUCGAGAACAAGGACACCUAUGUGCGCUACAAGGUUGAAGGUGAAUCCAACGUCUACACACUGGGCAACAUUGGUCAGCACCGAGUGGUGGCCACCAAGUUACCUGCCGUCGGAAACUCCCGUUCAGCGAUGAUUGCCGCCGGAAACACCACAACGAGGCUGCUGGGCACCUUUCAACACGUCGAGUACGUCUUUCUCGUCGGCAUCGGCGGCGGCGUUCCGCACUACACUGACUUUCGCCAACAUGUUCGCCUCGGCGACGUGGUCGUUUCGACUUCACCGAAAAAAACUGUUCCUCCUGCUUCACCUCGAGCUAACGGUCACUCUCAGGGCACGAAUGGAAAUUAUCCCAACUUUCCCGCUGGUAACAUGCAAAAUCGCUCCGACUACGUGUACGUCCACUGUGAGAAGCUCCGCUCUUCUCCGGACGAGCCGUUGAACGCCUCCAACUCGGCGGUGGCCAAGCUGAACACAGUGGACAGCUUCAACUACCGCUUCUGGUGCCCGUAUUCGCUGGAACUGCAGGACAUUGCAAAGAAACUGCUAGAGGAAGCCCAGGAAACCGGGUCCCGCCCUUGGGAGCAGUAUCUUGUGGAGGCCCGAGAGAAGUUGAUGGAAUCGGACGAUCUGGACUUUGUACGACCUGACCCGGCCACUGAUAAGCUCUUUAUGAGCAUCGGAACGAACGAUCUAAUUGAGAUGGCCCACCCUGAGGCGAAGCCUGAGGAUAAUAGCUUUGAGGGAGAGGAAUAUGAUCCUCGGAAGGCGGGUUUCCCCGCCAUUCACUUUGGAGCCAUCGGCUCGGGCCGCCUGGCGGUGGGCGGCAAUGAGCAACUCCGCCAGGACAUUGCCCAGAAGUGGGGACUGAAGGCGUUUGACAUUGAGUACGACACGGUGAUUGAGUCGAUCUUCGGCAAUCGGAAGGACCG